AUGCAGGAGAAGAUGACGAUGCUGACGCCAAGUUACCCUGCCACGGAACCACCAAACGAUUACACGCAACAACCCGAUCAGGCACAAUUGGAAGCCGACAAAAGAGCCGUUUACAAGCAUCCUUUGUUUCCUUUGUUGGCUCUUUUGUUCGAACGUUGCGAACAAGCGACUCAAUCCGCCGAAUCUCCCAAUUCCGAGAGUUUCAACAUGGACAUUCAAGCAUUCGUGCAACAUCAGGAACGGGAUAGGAAACCGUUUUUACUUAACGAUCCCGAAGUCGACGGAUUGAUGAUAAAAGCGAUUCAGGUUCUUAGAAUUCAUUUAUUAGAAUUAGAAAAAGUACAAGAAUUGUGCAAAGACUUUUGUAACAGAUACAUAACGUGUUUGAAGGGGAAAAUGCAAAGUGAAAAUUUACUGAGGAGCGAUUAUAACAAUUACGAAAAUAAUAAUAAUAAUAAUAAUUCUAGUGAUUCGAAUAGUCCCGUCGGGAAUUACGGAACGUCUCCUCACAGCUUGCAGGUCGGUUCGCUGUCGGGCACGCAAAAUUCAUCGCCAUCGAGUUCUCCGGGUUUGACGACGAGUAACGCUUCGACACCGUUCGAGUACCUCAAUUCCCACCAUCCGAGCAAUCACUUGCCCGUCAAUCAGUAUCAAUUCAUGCAACAGGGCAACACUUCUCUGUCGUCUGUCAAUCAUCAGAAUCCGCCGAGUAGUCCGGGUAUCGUACACGGGUCGACCCCACUCAGUCAAAUCGGUGCUAAUCCGUGUCCUCCGCCUAGCGAAAACAGUCUUCUCGCGGCUGGACAGUUAUCGCCGUCACCCACGACCCCAGGUUCCAUGGACGAGGAAGAUGAUUUUUUAGGCGGAAAGGGAAAAAAACAAAAGAGAGGAGUUUUACCCAAGCACGCGACAAGCGUCAUGCGUUCGUGGUUGUUUCAACAUUUAGUGCAUCCAUAUCCGACGGAAGAUGAAAAAAGACAGAUAGCAUCUCAAACAAAUUUAACGCUUCUUCAAGUAAAUAAUUGGUUCAUAAACGCGAGGCGAAGAAUUCUUCAGCCCAUGUUAGAUGCGUCUAAUCCGAGCGAAGGUUCGACGAGUAACGGUGGAAAAUCUAAAAAACCAAAGAAUUCUGGUUCUUCCAGCAGCAAGCAAGCAGCUCAAAGGUUUUGGCCGGAAAAUCUAGCACAUUUACAACCUCAACUCACCGAAUCAAAUUUUGGUGGAUCAUCCGAGGAGGAAGGAAGCGACGACGAUUCCGAAGAAGACGGUUUGGUAAUUAACGACGACGAGGACGUUGCGGGUCGUAACAACGUGAAAAAUGAAAAUUAUAGUUCGGAUUCCGAAUCGAACAACGCGCCAUGA